UUGACAGAUAUAAACCAACAUUCUGCAGUUGUCAUCUAGGGUUUACACUUUCUCAUCGGCGCAGUGUUCACGAAUCCUACAGGAAAAUCGAAAAUGGUGAAGGGCCGCCAAGGUGAACGCGUCAGAUUGUACACUCGAGGAACAAUUCUCGGCUACAAAAGGUCAAAAUCGAACCAGUAUCCGAACACAUCAUUGAUACAGAUUGAGGGAGUGAACACGAAGGAGGAGGUGUCAUGGUACCAAGGGAAACGUAUGGCGUACAUCUACAAGGCUAAGGUGAAGAAGAAUGGAUCGCAUUACAGGUGCAUUUGGGGGAAAGUUACCAGGCCUCAUGGGAAUACUGGUGUUGUUCGUGCUAAGUUUAAGUCCAAUCUUCCACCUAAAUCUAUGGGAUCUAGGGUUAGAGUGUUCAUGUAUCCAAGCAACAUUUAAGUAGAACAAGAAGAAAGGAGGUGGUUGUUGCUGGUGACCAGAUGUUUUUCUCAACAAUUCUGCUAUGAGUUUUAGGAAUUUAUGCAUCUUUUCAUUGAUGACAACAUCGAUCAUUGUCUUUGUGUUCUAGUACAAUUUUCUCUUUAAUUUUAGUGAUUUUUACUUUUCAGAAUGUUAUAUUAUAAUCUUUGUUUUGAUUGUGGAAUCUGUGAUUUCUAUGGUUCGGCUCUUUUUUAAUUUUGAAA